UAUAUUGAAAAGGGAAUGGCGGCUUCUAUAAAUAGUAGCCGGCUCAAGGCCAAGGGCGUGGGCCAACACCAAAACGCCCACAACUACAAGAAUCAGAACUUUGAGGAGCUCCGAGAGGCGUGUCUAAGGAAGGGGGAACUGUUUGAGGACCCCCUUUUCCCUGCUGAAUCCAAGUCUAUAGGCUUCAAGGAUCUGGGUCCCAACUCCAAAAAGGUGCAGAACAUCUCCUGGCAGCGGCCCAAGGAUAUCACGAAUAACCCCGUAUUCAUCACGAAUGAGCUCUCUCCCACAGAUAUCUGCCAAGGGGUCCUCGGGGACUGCUGGCUGCUGGCUGCCAUUGGCGCCCUUACUACAUGUCCCAAACUGCUGUACCGUGUCGUGCCCAGGAGCCAGAAUUUCAAGAAAAAUUAUGCUGGCAUCUUCCAUUUUCAGCUUUGGCAGUUUGGGCAGUGGAUGAAUGUGGUGGUGGACGACCGACUGCCCACUAAGAAUAACAAGCUGUUGUUCGUGCACGGUGCCCAGCGCCAGGAAUUCUGGAGCGCCCUGCUGGAGAAGGCCUAUGCCAAGCUAAAUGGAUCCUAUGAGGCGCUGGCAGGGGGCAGCACUAUGGAGGGUUUCGAAGAUUUCACAGGCGGCGUGGCCCAGAGCAUUCGGCUCCAGAAGCCCCCUCACAACAUGCUAAGGCUCCUCAGAAAAUCGCUGGAGAUGUCUUCCCUGAUGGGCUGUUCCAUCGAAGUCACCAGCAACAGUGACUUUGAAACGAUGAGCCAUAAUAUGCUGGUCAGAGGACACGCUUACUCAGUAACUGGCCUGGAGGAUGUCUCCUACAGAGGCAAGAUGGAAACCCUGAUUCGGAUCCAGAAUCCCUGGGGCCGGAUUGAGUGGAAUGGAGCCUGGAGUGACAGGGCCAGAGAGUGGGAAGAGUUGAGUGUGGACGUGCAGUUACAGCUGCAACGAAAGAAGGAAGAUGGGGAGUUCUGGAUGUCCUACGAAGACUUCAUGAGCAACUUCACACUCCUGGAGAUCUGCAACCUCACACCGGACGCACUGUCUCCCUGGGAGCACAAACGCUGCUGGCACACAACCUUUUAUGAGGGCAGCUGGCGGAAAGGGAGCACUGCAGGCGGCUGCAGGAACAAUCCCGAGACGUUCUGGAGCAACCCCCAGUUUAAGAUCUCCCUCCUGGAAGAGGACGACCCCGAGAAUGACUCAGAGAAAAGUGAGGUGGUCUGCACCUGCCUGGUGGCCCUGAUGCAGAAGAACUGGAGACACGCUCGGCCGGAGGGAGCCCACCUGCUCACAAUAGGCUUCGUCAUCUUCUCGGUCCCAAAGGAGUUUCAGAACCUCCGGAACAUCCAUCUGAAGAAAGAGUUCUUUGUGAAAUACCGGGAACAUGGCUUUUCGGAGAUCUUCAUGAACUCACGAGAGGUCAGCAGUCACCUUCGGCUGCCUCCAGGGGAAUACAUCAUUAUCCCCUCCACCUUUGAGCCCCAUAAAGAUGCUGACUUCCUGCUUCGGGUCUUUACGGAGAAGCACAAUGAGACCUGGCUGCUGGAUGAAGCCAAUUGUGCUGAACAUCUUAAAGAGGAAACCGUCUCUGAGAAGGAUUUGGACCAGGAGUCCAUCCACUUGUUUGAGAUGGUGGCAAAUGGAGACAAGGAAAUAGACAUGUACAAGCUGCAAAGACUGCUCAACAAGAUGUCGAGUAAAUUCAAGAACUUCAAGACAAGAGGUUUUAGCUUGGAUGUCUGCCGCCGUAUGGUCAACCUCAUGGAUAAAGAUGGCACUGGCAAGCUGGGUUUUCUGGAGUUCCAGAUCCUGUGGAAAAAGAUCAAGAAAUGGACGGACAUCUUCAAAGAGUGUGAUGAGGACCGCUCCGGGACCUUGAACUCCUACGAGAUGCGCUUGGCCCUAGAGAAAGCAGGCAUCAAGAUGAACAAUAAGGUAACCGAGGUGGUGGUGGCUAGGUACGCAGAUGAAAACAUGGUCGUGGACUUUGACAACUUCAUCAACUGCUUCCUAAGGCUAAAGGCCAUGUUUGCAUUCUUCCUAUCCAUGGACCCCAAGAAAACUGGUUCUAUUUGCUUGAAUAUGGAGCAGUGGCUGCACAUAACCAUGUGGGGGUAGGGAGAUGCAGAGCCUGGCCCUCCCCCCCCCCCCCCGCCAGUGGGGCUCCAGCUAGGAUGGUGGGUGCUCCUUGUCACCUUCGCUCUCCAGCGCCCCAGGUUCAGUGUUUACUCCGCGCCCCAGAUCCGGCUUUGGCUUCUCUGGCUCCCGGGAGCUCUAACCCCCAUCCCCACCCCACCGACCCCUGAGCACUCUCAGGCUCUGAGUGUUUGGUCUGGGUAAGGCAGCCUUGCAGCCAGCUUAGCACCCCCGCAUGCUAUCAAGUCACAGAGCCUUCUAGUCAGCCCUCUCGCCAGAAAUGCCGUUGUUCCCCCUCCCCACGCCAUGGACAUUAUUCUAAUAAACAGGA